AUGUGCUAAUUUCAACCAGUCAUAUUAUUGGUCCGCGGUCGGUAUAUUUUUAAUUAUUUUUCAAAAUAACUCCAUAUAAAAUUCAUUAAUUUAUUGGUUACCGCACAAGAAUUUAGUGAAAAAUUAUAUAGAAAUCAGUUAUGGAUUAUAUUGCUUCAGAAAAGGGAGAUACAGCAGAAAAUCGAGAUCCAAAUUCAGUUGUAUCAAAUGGAGCUUCAAAGGUCUCAUCUAUAGAAAAUAAAAGCAGUGUUGAUUGUGAUAAAUUAAACUCCAUUGCACCAGUGGAUAGCGUACCCUGCACCUCAGAAAAACCCCAAGAAACAGAACUAUGCGAUAUACCAGAACAGAUCGAAUUUACUGUUAUUUUUAAUAAAAACAAACAUGACAUUACAUUUGCAUUUGAUGCCACAGUAUUAGAACUAAAAGCACAUCUGGAAAGAAUAUGUGCAGUGCCACAAUCUGCUCAAAAAUUAAUUAUUAAAGGAAUGGCAAAAGAUGAUAUGACAUUACGAAAAGCAGGAGUUGUUAAAGGAGGCAAAGUAAUGUUGGUUGGUUCAAAGAUGGAUGACAUUUUAGCAGUAAAAAGUGCACCAAAGGAAAUCUUAGAAGAGAAAAAUAGUAGUCACUCUAGUAAAGAACCUUUGUGUAUGCAAAAAAUUCAUCAAAAAGUGCUGGACAAGGGUAUCCCCCCUGAUGUAAUGGCUGGAUUAAAAGGUGUUAAGGAACCUUUACCACCGACACCCUUAAGUGGAAUGUUAAAUAAGCAUGGAGGGAAAGUUAGACUUACUUUCAAACCGGAACAGGACCAGCUUUGGAUUGGCACUAAGGAAAGAACAGAAAAGCUUGCUAUGACAUCUAUUAAAAGCAUCACUUCAGAACCUAUCAAAGAGCAUGAAGAAUACCACAUUAUGGGCCUUCAACUAGGACCUACUGAAGCCUCUCGCUAUUGGAUAUAUUGGGUCCCUGCACAAUACAUUGAAGCUAUCAAAGAUGCAGUACUUGGUGUUUGGCAAUUCUUUUAAGUCAUAAUGUCACUGCCAAAUUCUUUAAAAUUACCUUGGGUAAUUGCAAUAUAACAAUUUUUAAAAUGUGUGAACUCUUCCCUAGCACUUUGCCAUUGGUCUAUUACUAUACAACUAUUUUCUGUGCUAGGUAGGCAACUCCUGUUACUUUUGUACAGUGUCAAUAUUAAUGCCACUAUAAUAGAUGUUUUUUAUUAUUCAUGUUUAAAUUUUCUAUUAAAUAUCAAUAAUGUAAUAUUUAAAAAAAUUGUUUCUGAAAUAUCAGUUAUUUGAGAGCUUAUUAUCCCAAUGUUUUUAUUCUGAUCUCUUUACAAUAUUGGUAUUCAGGAAAGGAUUGAUGUGAAUGUUUAAAUUAAUUUAAUUUUAGUAUAAACUUUGGAAAAUAUUUUUUUAAUUGAAAUUUAACAGCCUUGUCAAUCCUUAACUGUAAUUUUGAUAGAAUUAGAUUAAAUAAA